AACUGUACAACAACCAACAAUUAUCAUCAUCGAAUCGAUUUCAGUUUUCUCUCACGAACACACAAAUCAAUUCCCUGCGAUUAUGGAGAGCCUUUCUGGAGCAUCAUCAUCAUCAUCAUCAUCAUCGGUGGAAUUUGUGUUUUUCGAUGAUUUCGAUUUCGAAUUUGUUGAUGAAGUCGAACGCCUCUCGAACUGGGAGUUCCUCGAUGCUUCCGAUGCGGAAAUGGACGGAAGCGGAGAUGGAGAGGGGGUAGACAGUAGCGUCGACGGCAGAGUCCCUGCGGAUCUUCGGGAAAGGCUUUCUCCUGUUGCGGCGGUGCCGAUUUCACUCGCGGAGGACCGAAUCGACGAUCGUGUAGGGGUUUAUUUGCUUCAGGAUCUGGAAGACGGAUUCGCGUACGGUUACGACGGUAACCGCUGCGAUUACGAGGGCGCGGAGGAGGAUGAAGCCGACGAUGAUGGAGAUGAGUACGAUUUGGACGACGAACUCGUCCCGUGGUCUGUCAGUGGGAAACUCGGACGGCAGAGGAUGAGAAAAUUGGGGAAAAGAGGUUUUACGAGGAUGUAUAACUCGAAGAGAUCGCCGUUUCUGUUCACCAAGCCUGGAUGUGUCCGCGGCAAGCACGGACUCGGCUUGAAGCACAGUUAUUAGAUCAAGAACUCUGCGAUCAAGCGCCUCAAAAAGGUAACCGGAUCAAAUUCCAAUUUGGCUUAGAAGUAAAUAGAUGUAAUAACAAAGCAGUAGUUGCGUUUGUUGUAAUUAGUAAGUAGUUACCCUGCAAAUUGAAUUUGCUGGGAUGGUUUCUGUUGAACACUAACCCGCUUGUUUGUAAAUCAAUCAUCAAUCUAUGUCCAGAAAAUUGACAUGCCUUGUUGUUGUUCUUAGCUAAUUAAUUCAGUUGUUUGCUACAGUACAAUCUAGGGCAUUUUGUGGUUCAUGUAAUUUGUACAAAAAAUCUGGAAAUAUGCCAACUGAUUCUGGACAAUUGACAUGUGUUUCUAUUUUGUUUCA